AUGAGUGUGUCUGAAUUGGUCUCAGCUCCGAAGCAGCAUCCUCAGCAACAACUGCCAGAACGAGAUAUGCAUGGGACGACGACACUUGCUUGGCAGCAAAGGGAUAGGAUGAGACUUGAGUACUUAAACAACAAAAUUUGGAAGGAUGAUACAGUUUGUGUGAACAUGCUAAGACUAAAUAGAGCCAAGUUCUUUCGGUUUUGCAACCUAUUCAGGGAUCGUGGUUUGCUUGAAGAUACCAUCCAUUGUUGUGUUGAGCAGCAAGUGGCAAUGUUUCUAAAUACCGUGGGGCACAACCUUAGGAACAGAGUAGUUGGGACUAAUUUUGAUAGAUCCGGAGAAACAGUCAGUCGUUAUUUUAACAGGGUUCUUCGUGCUGUUGGUGAGCUACGAGGGGAAUUAAUUACGCCUCCAUCAUUGGAAACUCCUACUAAAAUACAAGGGAACCAUAGAUGGGAUCCUUACUUUAAGGAUUGUAUUGGAGCCAUCGAUGGUACACAUGUAAGAGCCUCUGUUCCUAAAGAUAUGGAGUUAGCCUUUCGUGGUAGGAAGUCAUAUGCCUCUCAAAAUGUAAUGGCUGCCGUAGAUUUUGAUCUCCGGUUCACCUAUGUAUUGGCUGGUUGGGAGGGGACAGCACAUGAUGCACUAGUGUUAAGAGAUGCUUUGGAGCGUGAGAAUGGACUUCGAGUGCCACAAGGAAAAUUCUACCUAGUUGAUGCCGGAUAUGGAGCAAAACCAGGAUUCUUGCCCCCUUUUCGUGGUGUUCGUUAUCACUUGAAUGAGUGGGGGAAUAAUCCUGUCCAAAAUGAGAAGGAGCUAUUCAACCUUAGGCACUCAUCUCUUCGUAUCACAGUAGAGCGUGCAUUUGGGUGUCUAAAGAGAAGAUUCAAAAUUCUCGAUGAUGCCACUCCUUUCUUUCCUUUCCCAACUCAAGUAGACAUUGUUGUUGCUUGCUGCAUCAUUCACAAUUGGGUUAUACAAGAUGGAAUUGAUGAGUUCUUCAUAGAAGACAAUAAUUUUUCAAGUUAUAACCAUGCUACAACAUACAGUGGACAAGCACAUGAGCAUACCGAGAUGGGACUUGGGAGAGGUACUGGUGUGGCUGCCUGGACAGCGCCAAUGUCCAAUUUCAUGCUGAAAAAUCUUGCCAAUGUCGUUGCCAGUGGUGUUAAAACAGGAAAGGGCUUCAAAAAGGUCUAUUUCAAUGCAUGUGCUAGAGCUGUCAAUGAAAAAUUCAACACUACGCUCAAUGGUGAGCAGAUUAAGAACCAUCUGAAGACAUGGCAAAGAAAGUGGGCAAAGAUAACACGACUCAAGAGCUUGAGUGCAUCUGGAUUCGAUGAAGAGAACUACAUCAUCACCCUUGAUGAGGAGCACUACAAUGGCCAUGUGCACGAUCACAAGGCUGAUGCCGAGUAUUUAAACAAGCCUCUUGAGAACUAUGCUGAGAUGGAAACAAUCUUUGGGAAGGAUAUGGCUACUGGCAAGUUUGCAAAGGAUUCAAGUGCUCCUCUUGGUACAGAAGAUGGUGAUACUGAAGAUGGGGCUGCAAAUGGUACAGAAGAGGAUCCUAGUAGUGCUUUUGAGGAAGGGGCAACAUCUAAUGCAAGACCUAACAAGAGGGCCAAGAUUGUUGAAAGUGCAGAGGAGGGGUUGAUUGGUGCGUUCAACAGAGUUGGUGACAAGCUUGCCAUGGCUAUAACGCAGGUUGCUAAAUCUAAUAAUGAGCUGCCAGAAGAUCUCUUUGACAAAGUGAAUAGCCUUUCAGUUUCAGGCUUUAAUGAUCUUCAGAUAUCCACAUACUAUGCGCAUCUGGUGGCCAAUCCUCUCAUUGGUAAAGCUUUCUAUGGCUUGCCAUUUCAGCACCAGUUACAUUGGAUGGCUAUGUUUGUUAGUGAGAGGUUCCCUGGACAGUAGGUGCUUUUGGAACAUACAACUAGUGAUAGUGGUAAAGCUUUCUUUUGCUAACUAGGCCAUGUUUGUUACACCUGAUAGUUGUAACGGUCUCUUUUGUCAGUCAUAUUUCUUUUGCUAACUGUGGCCUAUCAUAUAGUAUGCCUUGAACUUUCUAUAUUGUGUAAGGCAUGGAUUUGAUGUAAUGGUACUGUGGUAAAUGCCAUCUAUAUAUAUGAAUGAUAUUUGAUGGUAAACAGUUCGGUUUGCUACCAAGCUUCCUUUUGUUUAUUGCAUUCUCAA